AUGUCCGGCGAGGAAGCAAGAACAUUUUACGAAACUGUUUUGUCUUCAGAAAGCUCUAAUAGACAAGGUUUUGACUAUGCAAAGGCAUUAACUGAACAAGAACUCAGUUCAAAAAGAGAAAAAUACAAACAGAAUAAUUUAAUAUUACCCAGUGGAACUAAAGAUGGUAAUGACGAUUUUGAUGGUGACAGUAAAUGUAACGAUUUGAACUACAAAAUUCCCUGUUCAAGAUCAAGAAUUUCAAGUAAAUGUGUUUCAAGUUAUUCAAAUCACAGAAUUGUAAAUCAGUUUCUGCAAUCUGCUCAGGAAGGAAGAUUAAGACAAGUUAAAGAUAUGCUUUCAUCUCAUAGCAUAGACAUCGAUGUGUGUGACCAGUUUUCCUGGACUGCUUUGAUGUGUGCAUCUCAUAGUGGGCAGGUUCAUGUUGUGAAAUACCUCUUAGAGAAAGGUGCUGAUUGGAGACUUCACAAGGACUUACAAGGAAGAACUGCACUGGAUCUUGCUAUAGUUGCUAACCAUUUUGACAUUGUAGAACUUCUCAGGUCCUAUAAUGGUUGCAUCAAAUCCGAACAGUGGAAAGCCGAUCUGAGAGAAAAUAAACAUUCCACUGAUAAAACAAAAUUUUGGUGCUCAGUUUGUGAGCAAGAGUUUACAGAUGAUCAAAAGGUACACAAGGGAUCCACAGUUCACUUGUUUAAUAUUCAACGCAAGCCUCAAAAGACAUUUUAUUAUAUCCCAGAAGGCAAUGUUGGCUAUCAAAUGAUGUUAAAAUCUGGUUGGAAUGAUGACAAAGGUUUGUUCUUUACUAACUAUUUUCUUUUUGCAGUUGAUCAGUUAAUUAUUAAUUGUUAAUCUCCAGAAGUAAUAUUGAAAGGGCUGCAAGAUCCAAAGUUGAUUGCUUUUGAGAGGAAACCAGUUGUUUCCAUACAAAGUCCUUUUGAAACAAGUCAUUUUGAUAGGAACUUAGGUAGCAAAACUGCGUAUUAAUUUCAGUCACUCAAAGUACAGUUAACAUGUGACCAAGAAAAACAUAUGGCAUGAAUAUUCCUUGUUCUAUAAGCCAACUGUGCAAAAGUUUUCAAAACAACCUGUAUCAAAAGGACAUUGUAUUGAAAUGACAAGUAAUCUUUGAGAAAGAUCUAAGGAUGUUUUAGGGGGUUUGGUCAGAGGCACCCAACGAGGAUAUAGUUCAAAACCACUUAACAUAGCAUUGUUGAACGUAUUUUAGUAUUCAAACGGUAGAUAUAGGCAUAUUUUUAUCCCCUAAAAACUUUUCAUCUGUUCGGAUUUCCUAGCUGAAUAUCUAGUGAUACGAAAAUUAUAGGGAUAAAAACUUACCUUCUCGAAAAUUUCAGCCAGGAAAAGGCUCCCGAAAAUUCUAGGUGGCCUUUUUUAGGGUCAAAAUCCGUUUAAAAUGAGUAAUUAUACCAUUUUGUAGAUGUUCGAAAAUCCUAGGAGAGGCAGGCAAGCAAGAAAUGUUACAACAAAUGCUCCGAAAAUUCUAGAUCUCAAAUCGCCUUCCGAGCAGAUAUUUUCCCGAAACUUGCCGUUGGGUGCCCCUGUUUGGUCAAAACCCCUACCAGUAACCAAAAACUGCAAAUAUGUGAACCCUGCAGUUAUAACAAGAACAUAGUAAAACUUAUGAAAAGCACAGUAACCCAGGAGCAUAUACAACUCCUGGUAAAGAAGGAGCUCAUUUCAGGGUACUGGGCACCCUGCCAGUCAAGAGGCCCUGCUAGGAGGGGUCCCAUGUCACCCGUCUGAAUUUUGAAGCGUCUUGUGUCGGUGUUUAUAAAUGCUUGUUGUUUAUUGUCAGCUUUGCCGCCACUAUCGCAAUUUGGCCGAGGGAGGUCGUCUCUUGUCGCGAUUUCAUUUUACAUGCUGUCACCACUUUUCGGGCCAUGUCACUUGUCAGAAUUUACCCUGGCAGGGCCUCAGUCAAGCCUUUCUUCUGCUUGCUUUAUUUUGGUGUCAGCGUGCGAAGAAAGUAGUGUCCAGUAGCCCGGGGCUAGUGGAUUUUGCUAUCGGGCUAGUGAAAUCUGUUUUUAACUUGCCCGACGGGCAAGUGAUGUUCUUUGAGGAAUUUAAAUAACAGAAGAAGUGUGAAAUCAAUUCUGCACAACGAAAAGCGUUUGGGGCUAGUUGAAAUGACGUCUGGGCUAGUAAAUGCUAGCUUCAGCUUGCCUGAAUGGCAAGCUGUAAAAAUGAUUUUCUUUGCACCCUGGGUGUACAGUUGAAUCUCUGUACAACGCCUACCUUGGGGACAGAAGAAAGUGGCUGUUGCAGAGAGGUGGCCGUUAGCAGAGGUUCAACUGUACUCAAGAAGCCUCUUCAUGAAUCAAGUCAGAUCUCUGUUGAGCAUGCUCUGCAUGUUGCUAUGAUAAAGUCUUCAACUCAGGCCUAAUGGCUGGUGCUUGGUACAGCAGGCCCAAUGAUCAUCGGUUUAUCAACAAACGGAUGCUCAUGCUUGCAAAACCAGUUUGUCGAGAGAAAACAAGAUUGACUAGUCCAGAAGUUCGGGCUAGGGUGACUUCCAAGGCUUGACAUUAUACAGUGAGAGCCUCCUUUUUUUUCUCCUUGAUCUAGAAGGAGGCUCUGCUCUUACAGUGGGUAAUGGGCUCCUUGUAGAACAGAAAUCUAUAAAUACCUCUCCAUGGUGGCAGAGGUUUUUUCUUUUUGUCCUCUUAGAAAAAAAAUUUGUUUACUUUAAGCAAACAAAAAACUUGAAUUUGCUUUCUAAAAUAUCUAAUAAUAGUGACUUCGAAAGAUGGUAAAUUUUAAGCUCAGUGAAACAAAUGUGAAAAUGAAAUGAUCAGCAUGUCACGAUUGUGGGACAAAAAAAUCUAAGUCCAGGAUUUGAACCUAUCACCUUCCAAACACUGGGCGGGCACUCUAUCCACUUAAGCUAUGGAGAACCCUGCCAUGGAGAGCGAGGCCAUAAUAUACUAAGUUCAUAUUUGACAUGCGUCCUGCAUACUGCAAGGAUCAGCAAUGUUGAUGUCGCAAUGUGUGGUGAAAGAAUGAAAGAAAGUAAAUUUUAAGCGCGGUGAAACAAAUGUGAAAAUGAAAUGAUCAGCAAUGUUGAACAAAGAAAAAUGUAUCCAAUAGUGACCUUCCUCCCAAACAAAUUUUAUUUUAAGUCCAUAAAAUUGUGCAGUUGGCUUCACACUUGUGAAACACAGUGUUACCCCCUACCCCCCCCCCCCCCCCCAAAAAAAAAAAAAAAAAAAAUUAACACUCUUUAAUUUAUUCCCUUCUGAACAGGUUUAGGUCCAGAAGGAACUGGAAGAAAAUUUCCCAUUAAGACAGUCCUUAAAAGAGAUCGUCUGGGUUUAGGUAGCAAGGGUCGUCAACAGCCAAGAGUAACGCACUUUGGUCCAAAUGACUGUACUGCUGUGAAAAGGAGAAAAGUUAGCAAUAAAGACAGGGAGGUAAACAAGCCAAGAAAAAUCAGUCGAAGAGAAAGGCAAGCCAAUGAAAAGAAACAAAAGAAUUGGGAAAGAAACAUGAGGAUAUAUAUGAACACAGACUAAAUUUUAUUUACUGGCAUACUAUUUGACUGCCCUUUUUUCAGCUACUUGAAGAAUGCUGUUAGUAGCUGUAAAUAAAAAAUAAGCAUCGAAAUGUCGUAGAUGCCUACAAAAUCAUAAAUUAUCUUUACAUUAACAUUAUGC